AUGGCUUUCACAAUUGAUUACCUUCUAUAUGACAAGGGCAAGCGGGAGAGAACAUUUAAGAAACUACCCUCGCAUGUUGAUAUUCAGGAGGUGCCCAGCACCCAAAAUGAGAACCAGCUACAUCAUUCAGAAGCAAAAGUAGAAGAGGGAUCUGUAAAGGAUGAAAACACUGGAGUCGCGAGCAAACCAGCACAGUCCUACAUCGCCCUCAUCUCCAGCGCGAUCCUUUCAUGUCCAGAAAAGAAGCUGCUGCUUAGUGACAUCUACCAGUGGAUCAUGGACCAUUAUCCUUACUUCAAAAGCAAGGAUAAGAACUGGCGGAACAGUGUUCGUCAUAACCUCUCCCUGAACGAGUGCUUCGUGAAGGCUGGCCGCAGUGAGAAUGGCAAGGGACACUACUGGGCCAUCCACCCUGCUAACUACCAGGACUUCUCCAAAGGCGACUAUCACCGGCGACGUACCCGCCGCAGAAUCCGCAGGAUCGCUAGUGGCUUUGGCUACCAGCUGCUGCCUCUAAACCCAUUGCCCAGACCCAGGCUCUGGGCUGAUGGCCUAUCUUGCUGGAGCUGCCUGGGCAGUAGCCUUCCUUAUGUCCCUAACAAGCUGUCCUGGAGCUGGCCAACAUUACCUGGGCCAGUGCCAGUGCACACCUUUCUCUAG